AAGUGCCAGCGCCGGCCGGCCGGACAGGGGGCGGAGCCUAAGGGGGUGGGGAAUGCCCUGCCCGGCCGCCCAGCGUGAAACGGAUUCAUUCCCAGCUAGCUCUCCAUCUAGCCGGAGCGAGGCUCCGCAGUGAGAACGCUGCGACGCGCCCGCGCCCGGCGGCCGGAGGCGCCCUGCGCUCGGCUGCGGCCACGCGAGGCGCUUUUUCCCGGGAGUGAGCCGGGAAAAGCCCGGUUUAACCACGAGUGGCACGGCAUUGCAAGGACCUCCAAGGCGACAAAAGGACGGCGAAAGAGGGCUGAAGCUGACCUGAACUUUCCCACGGAGGGGAGACGGCGCCUAGGCGAGGUGGGGAACAAGGGAGUGUGGCGACGCUCACGGCCAGCGGUGGAUUAUCCCGGUCAGUCUGCGUCUGCGGCCUGCGAAAUGCGCGAGGAGGACAAGGGCAUGCUCGGUGGUGGUGGCGACGACGCGGGCCUGGCCAACGCCUCGGCGCAGGGGCAAGUGGAGACCGUGCGGCAGCUCCUGGAAACCGGUGCGGAUCCCAACGGAGUCAACCAAUUCGGGAGGCGGCCGAUCCAGGUCAUGAUGAUGGGCAGCACCCGCGUGGCCGAGCUGCUGCUGUGCCACGGCGCGGAGCCCAACUGCGCCGACCCUACCACCCUCACCCGACCUGUGCACGACGCGGCCCGGGACGGUUUCCUGGACACGCUCGUGGUGCUGCACCGAGCCGGCGCGCGGCUGGACGUGCGCGAUGCCUGGGGCCGCCUGCCCGUGGACCUGGCUGAGGAGCGGGGCCACCGUGCUGUCGCCGGGUACCUGCGCGCAGCUGCAGGAGACUGAUGGCAGGUACCCCCGGCCGCCCACAACGACACUUCUUUUCUCCCCUGUUCCCCACCCCCAACUUAGUUCAAGGGAGGCUACAAAUGUGGAGCGGCGGAAAGCCUGCAAGCCUUCCAGGAGACUUGACUCACCGUAGGGGAGGAGAAGCGGACCACGAAUACAUUUUUUUUUUCUUUCUUCUUUUCCCCUGGAUCCCGCCCUCACACUCACGGUGCAGCCAAACGCAGAGGUGGUGCAAAUGGAUUUCCAGAGAGAUUUAGGAGCUGAACGUGAAGCUCCCGGGUGUCGUUUACUUUUCAGGGUUUUCUGGCAAAAAGCGGCCUAUAAAGUCCCUAACGACCCCAGGUGUCUGCCAAACUUCACUGGAAAGACGCUGGCGGCAGAGUGGGAGGCGGCGAUGAUUGGCAUUUGAGCAGGAGGCAGAUGGCACGUUUGCCCUCUGACCUUGAAGGAGCGUAUCGGCAGCCCCUACGCUGGGUUUGAGGCGCCGGGGGCUAGAAGGAAACCUCUGAAGACUGAGGAGACGACAACGAUGCCAAAGACGAGUUCGACAGUAGAGGGCAUCAGCAGGUGCCCAAGGCUUUAUAGGCUGUGUGUUGCCACCCAAGUCACCUGCGAAGCCCUGGGGACUUGCGCCCAGUUCCACCGGAUAGUGACGGGAAAGGAGGAUGCGAGAGCCACCUUGAAUUUGCCCACAGGUUCUACGAUCCCUGGGUCAAGACGACACAGAACAGCUCCCGGAGAGGGGCAGGUGCUUGCUGUUUGUUAUUCAGUCGAGGGGAGAUUCUUGGGGGAGUUCCAGAAGUCAGCGCACAGGAUGACGUGGUGGAUUGUAGGGAGAGCAACUGUCGUGAUUAACUGUAAGGACUUGCUUCAUCUAUAUAUGAUAGGAUAAAGAACCCCCCCGCAGAUGAAAAGAUUUUGUGAUAUUUUGUACUUUUGAGUUGUUCUUCAGUAACACUCUUACUGGGGAAGCUUUAAAUAACAAAGUAACUCGUGCUCCUCGGUGAGGAAGAAAUACAGCUUUUAAAUGAAGCUCUGUCACAGUGCUAAAGCUUAGACCCAUUCAUCCUUAACCUAUUUAUUUCUUUGUUAGAUUUUCUGACCGUUUCCUUUACUAGAGUGUCUCAGGGGGUCAAACUAUGAAAUAUUCCAAAUAUCUUUUAGAAAACUGAUGCACUUGCCCAGUAAAUUAUUUUGGGGUAUUUCCCAAAGGGUUACUGAAAGAGUAAAUUGAGUAUAAAACUGUUUAAAAUAUAUGAUGAUGGCUCGUGGAAUGUCUUCAUAUCUGCUGAGCAAACUAAAGGUGUACUGCUUUGGGAUUUAAUGUCCAGUGUUGCUUGAUUCCUUACAGCAUUGGAACAACUGAUACUUCAAUGCUUUAAUAAAGAAAAAACAAUAGAUUGGA